AUGUCGCUGGAGUUCUGGCGCGAGUCGAGGAUACGUUAUAUAAAACUGUCCUUCUUAGUGAAGAACUUAGACGAAAAAUUUUCACUUCUUAUGCUCUUCACGUUUUUCAACAACGUUUAUUCCAUCUGCUGUUUGUUGUACAGAGCCUUGAAAUGGCGUGACUUGACAACCAUCCACACCAUCUACAACUGCGCAGCUUUCAUCCUCGUGACGGUGCGGCUCUACGGCAUAUGCCUGGCCGCAGGUAGGAUUCACGAUCUGUCCAAGGAUAUUCUCCCUGUGCUCUUCUCGGUCCCCAGCCAGUCUUACAACGUUGAGGUCCAUAGACUAUUUCUUCAAAUUUGGCAAGAUCCCGUCUCUCUGACCGGUUCAAGAUUUUUCUCUAUAACCCGAGGGCUUGUAUUGAAGAUCACUGGCACCAUAUUCACUUACGAGAUAGUACUGGCUCAGUUCAACCAGAUCAGUACAGAAAAUGAAAACACUACGCGGCAAAGCGCUUGUAUUUCCAGUUCUGUGGCUCACAGGGAAACUUGA